AUCCUGGGGAAAGCAGGAGGCUCCGACGCGGGCUCCGAUGCUUUUGCGGCGUCCGGAACCCCAGGCUCGCGGCCCCAGUUUCCGGCCGGCCGAGGCGCUCAGCGGCCCGAGCGCACGGAAGCGGGCUCGGGGGGCCGGGCGGGGGCCGGACCGGAGAUGGCGCCGCCCUCGGACCCGGACUCGGCCGCGGUGCUCCUGGCUGUGCACGCCGCGGUGAGGCCACUGGGCGCGGGGCCGGACACCCAGGCACAGCUGCGGAAGCUGCAGCUGACCGCGGACCCCGAGCGGCCCGGGCGUUUCCGGCUGGAGCUGCUGGGCGCGGGGCCUGGGGCGGUCAGUCUGGAGUGGCCCUUGGAGUCCGUUUCCUACACGGUCCGAGGCCCCAGCCAGCAUGAGCUGCAGCCUCCACCGGGAGGGCCUGGGACCCUCAGCCUGCAUUUCCUCAACCCCCAGGAGGCUCAGCGGUGGGCAGCGCUAGUCCGAGGCGCCACCAUGGAGGGGCAGAAUGGCAGCCUGUCCCAAGCCCUGGGCCCAGAAAUGUGCCCCGUUUCCCCGCCCAGUCCCCCUGAGGUGCCCACGCUCCAGGCCCUACAACCCAAGGUGGAUGUUUGUUGGAGCCCGGGAGAUGCUGUGGAGAAAGAAGAGCUGGUGCGGCGCCUGGCCCGGGCCAUCGAGGCUGGGGAUGAGCAGGGGGCAGCCCAGGCUGUGGCCAUCCUGGCCCAGCAUCAUGUGGCCCUCAGUGUCCAGCUCCAGGAGGCCUGCUUCCCUCCCGGCCCCGUCAGGCUACAGGUCACGGUUGAGGAUGCUGCGUCCUCUGCCCAUGUCUCGCUGCAAGUUCACCCCCACUGCACCAUUGCGACCCUCCAGGAGCAGGUGUUCUCGGAGUUUGGCUUCCCACCCGCCGUGCAGCGCUGGGUCAUCGGGCGGUGCCUGUGUGUGCCCGAGCGCAGCCUUGCCUCCUAUGGGGUCCGGCGGGAUGGGGAUCCUGCUUUCCUCUACCUGCUUUCAGCCCCUCGAGAAGCCCCAGGACACAGCCCUCAGGGCCCCCAGAAGUUGGAUGGGGAACUAAGUCGCCUGUUUCCUCCAUCACUGGGGGUGCCCAGAGCUGCGCAGCCGGCCAGCUCCAGCCUCCCCAGCCCCCUUCAGCUGGUCCUGUCCUUCUUGCACGUUCAUCAACGCCCCCAGCCGACCUGGCUGCGAGAUGUGCAGCACCCAGAAGCCCUGCACUUGGGAUCCCCUUUCUGCAGCCUCUGCCCAGCAGCCACCAAAGCCCCAGGUCACAGAGAGAGAGGAUGCCCCAGUCCCUGCAGGCCCGAGGCCCGCGGACCCCUCCUGAAACUCGCAGGGGACCUUUGCUGACUGCUCACUAAGGAUAGCACCUGGGCUGGGGAGGGGCACAGUCUGGAGUCAUUAAAGACACUUCUGAGCCA